AUGAUGCGAGUUCAGGUUAAGGAGGGCGAGAUGACCAAAACCAUCUACUCGCACAUCAUGGAGCAGAAGUAUGACAAGGCGGUGAAAAUUCUGAACCAGCAGCUGCAGUUCUUCCCAGAGAGCCGCUGCGCCUUGUCUUUGCUUGGCUACUGCUAUUACCACAUGCAAGACUUUGCAAGCGCCGCCGAUAUCUACGGACAACUGGUGCAAGUGGUGCCGGAAGUGGACGAGUACAAGAUCUACCAUGUCCAGAGCUUGAUCAAGGCGGGCCUCUACGAAGAGGCCUCACAGGCCUGCACAGCUGUGGAGUCCCCGGAGUACACAGAGCGCGUGCUCAUGCUGCAAGCGACCAUCUCCUAUGAACAGGAGGAGACGCAGCUGGCGCGCAGCAUCUUGGACCAGUGCCACCCUGACUCCGAGGAGAGGCAGGUCUUUGAGGGCGCGCUCCUCUGGAAGGAGAAGAGGUAUCCAGAAGCCAUGAAGCUCUUCAAUGACGCGACGGCAACCACUGGCUACCAGGCGAGCCUUGCAUACAACGUUGCCCUGUGCUACUACAGCUCAAAACAGUACGGUCCAGCUUUGAAGCACAUUGCAGAGAUCAUCGAGCGGGGCGUGAGGGACCAUCCGGAGCUGAGCGUGGGCGCACUGUCUGAAGGCGACCUGAAAGCUCGGAGCGUGGGCAAUACCUCGGUUCUGCGUGAGACUGCGUUGAUCGAAGCCUUCAACUUGAAGUCUGCGAUUGAGUACAUGACAAAGAACAUGGAAGCCGCAAAGGACGCCCUGGCAGACAUGCCGCCCCGGGAUGAGUCGGAGUUGGACCCGGUCACGCUGCACAACCAAGCGCUGAUUGAGAUGGACGAGAAGCCGACGGAGGGCUUCCGAAAGCUCAACUUCCUGCUGAACCAGCAGCCCUCGCCCCCGGCACCUCGUUCUGCCCUCACCGGCUACUACGAUCUGGCAGCUGACAUUCUCGCGGAGAACGCCGAGCUCACGUACAAGAACAUGAAGCCGGAGGAUUAUGAAUUCCUGGACGCGCUGAUCCUGGGCCAGAGCUCCCCGGAGGAGGCCUACCGCCGCUUCGACGAGCUCUCUGCCAAGCACGUGGAGAUGCUGCGGAAAGGCACCAAAAACAUCCAGGAUGCGAGGAGGCAGCGUGACCAGGCUUUGGUGAAGAAGUAUUUGUCUGAGUUCGACGAAGCGCUUGCCAAGUACAUUCCGGUGCUGAUGGGCCAGGCCAAGAUCUACUGGGAGCUGGAGAACUACUCCAUGGUGGAGAAGAUCUUCCGCCAGUCUGCGGAAUUCUGCAGCGAGGACGAGUCCUGGAAGCUGACGAAUGUCGCCCACAUCUUCUUCAUGCAGGAGAAGUUUAAGGAAUGCAUUCGGUACUACGAACCUUUCGUCCGCAAGCACAACGACGACUUGCUGAAUGUAACUGCCAUCAUUUUGGCCAACCUGUGUGUCGCUUAUGUCAUGACCUCUGCCAACGAAGAAGCAGAAGAGCUGAUGCGACUGGUGGAGAGGGAGGAGGAGAAGGUGAAAGAUCCUACGAAGCCCGUCUACCACCUUUGCAUCAUCAAUCUUGUCAUUGGCACGCUGUACUGCACCAAGGGCAACUUUGAAUUUGGAAUUAGCAGAAUAAUCAAGUCCUUGGAACCAUAUGACAAGAAGAUCGGCGUAGACACCUGGUACUAUGCCAAGAGGUGUAUGCUUGCGCUGGCAGAGACCCUGGCAAAGAACAUGGUCGUGCUCAACGACGAAGUCUUUGAUGACAUCAUAGCCUUCCUCGACUCUGCUGAUCAAGUCGGCAAAAACAUCGGCACGACGAUCAACGUCGUGGAGGCAUAUGUCACACCUGGCGAGGGUGUUUGGUCGCUGAUCAUCGGUUGUGGAAGAAACGGCUAG